AUGAGGAACUGGGGGUGUAGCUUUUGCCUCGCCUCGGUCGUUGGUGCAUUUUGGGCUUUGGGUGUCGAGGCGGCCGACUACAGAAGACAUGAUGGCGUUCAUCGUAUUGAGAAGGAGGCGCAAAUCACACAGUCAGCGGGCCUCGCUCGACGAGCCGAGGCGCAAUGUGCGACGAGCAUGAAGCUAUGCCCUUCGAGUUUGGAUGGAGGAUGUUGCCCAGAAAAUUAUGAUUGCGCCAAAGAGAGCUGCCAAGCGACAACGAAGGGGCCCUCGACGUGUGGAACAAAAAUAGGCUGGCAUGUUUGCGCUCCGGUCUAUGGAGGAGGCUGUUGUCCUGACGGUUACCUUUGCGAGACAGCCGACAAUUGUGUACCACCCUCCGGAUCAGCAUAUACAUACGAUUGUCCAGCUAGCCAGUAUUUGUGUCCGUCAUCACUGAGCUACGGUUGCUGUCCGAAUGGAAUGGCAUGCGGCGUGAACCAGUGCUACUCAUCUGAUCCUGUAACUGUCACAAGUACUAUGGUCAUUACAACGACAAUAGCGGGGGAGCGGACGACUUAUAAAACGACAGCCGUGACCGUCGAAACACCAACAGCUCCUACGGCUCUCCCGACGGUAAAUGCUGGCGAAGACAACGACCAGGCAGUUCUAAAAUACUUCCCUUCGUCGAUCCCCAAGGUCAGCCCAACGACCUCAUCUGACGAUGAUGACGGCGACAAAGGAGGCCUUUCGACUGGCACAUUGGCUGGUAUUAUUGCUGGCUCUGUGGCUUUCUUGAUUAUCGUAUUAGUGGCGGCAUUUAUUAUUAUCCGCCAUCUGAACAAAGUAGUUGCCGCUGUCGCCACACCAAAAACAUCAGACAAGUCCAACGGCUCAAAUAGCCAAUCUCGACAGACCCGAGAGUACAAGACAGCAGAUUCGGCUGUUGAUGAACUAAGCAUCGAUCCGUUGAUACAUCCGUCACUGAUACCUCCCCGGCCACGAAACCCCGGCCCUGAUUCUGCAGCAACUUCACCAUUCGGCCUCGCUAGCGCAGAUCACAGUUCUAAUGAGCCUACGCCAGGAGGGAACGGCUACCACGCAGUACCAGGAAGCGGCAACACCAGCAGACAUGCUAGUUUUGAUGCAAUGGGCAACAGGGACGAUUACUUCAGCGGUGUAGCUGCUGGCGAACAACAUCGAAUGAGCCAUAUCUCUAGACUUACUGGAUCGACGAGGAACCGUUCAAGUACAGAUUCACAUGGGACGUAUACCCAUAUUCGGAACUACAGUAAUGCUUCAGAAGGAUCCGAUGGUUCCCCUGGAGUGAUGGCAGGUGCUCAUCCUACGGCAGAGCUAGAAGCAACACCGUACGUACCAGAACUGCCAAGCUCUCCAUCAUCGGUGGUAUUCCCAAGAGAUGAAAGGCGACGGUCAUCAGGCAGUAUUUCCAGUGUCCCGAGCCGACCUCCCGUAGCUCAGCGUCAGUCGGGUGGACCACGAAUACGGAGUGAUUCUCUGGGUCAGAGUAAUCUCAGUAUUGUGAACGAAGAGAUGCAUGGAUUCUAUGGGCCGAGUGAGCACCUCGUUGGUCAAACGGACAGCCAUCGGCCGGGGACUCGAGGCUCGGGUAAUAAGCAACCAAAUGCACCUAUGGAACCUCCACGACCUGUUGCGGAGGAACCAUGA